AUGAUGAUCCCGCUUGUCCCCUCGGACCAUCCCAACCAGCAUCUGCGGAAGCUGGGCGCGCAGUAUGACCCAGACCUUCCUAUUAGCUUUGCGUUUGGUCUCGUCGGCUUGCAACGAGGCUGGAAAGCUGGCUCUGAGACCUGGAAGAGAAAUUGGAAUGCAUGCAUGAACUGCGAGUAUGACCGACACAUUGGCUCCCGGGUGACCACCCUCGCGACUUGGCAACAGCUAUGUGCCAAAGUAGGAAUCAAAGAUUCCGUCAAAUCAAUCAAUCAAUGCAAGAAGGCCCUGGCUCGUGUCCAUGUGAACAUCGUCGACGUCCUCGAUUCAUGGGACUCCGACACUACCCCAAUUCGAUUCAAGAACAAGAAGGCUCUUGCUGUCUACACUAAGUCGAACCAGAAGUUCUUCAGACGCGACAUCGCGAAGCAGGACAAGGUUCUCCGACCCACUUUCAACAUGCGUACCCCAGUUGCUCCUUCCGUUCUCUCUGGGGUUUCUCCCCCAGUCUCUCCUCCACGGCAUCCAAACAAGCAUCUGCGAGAGCUUGGCGUCUCCUAUGACCCAGAGCUUCCUAUCAGCGGUGCCUUUGGACUGAUCGCCCGGCAGCGGGGCUGGAAGCAGUGUUCCAAGACCUGGAAAAAGAGCUGGAACGCCUGCAUGAAUGCCGAAUAUGACCGCCUCAUUGGCUACAGUGUAGCCAACCUGGCUACAUGGCAGGAGCUAUGUGCCAAAGUAGGAAUCAAGGAUUCAUUCACUUCCAUCAACCAGUGCAAGAAGGCUCUUGUGCGUGUGCAUGUUAAUCUUGUUGACCUUCUGGAUUGCUGGAACUCGGAUAACAUCCCUACUCGAUUCAAGAGUAAGAAAGCCCUUGCUAUUUACACCGAGGCGAAUAACAAGUUCUUUGGUCGUCACAUCGCCAAACAGGACAAGGUCCUCCGAGUGCUCCUACGCAAGCUUCUCUGA